UUUUUUGCUUUUGGAAAUCACUCGUUUCUGAAAUGUUGUCAAGGCCUCAUGCAUCUGCCAUUCUUAGGCCUCAUCAACUCUGCCACCAUUUCCAGCCACGACUUCAUUUCAUCUCCUUUCCUGUUUGUUCAUCAGUUUCUUCUUCUCCUGCCAACUUGCGUCAAGUCUAGUCCGAUCUUUCUAAAUUCUUCAUUUCAACGAAGCAGCCUGCCUCCAGGUCCUCCACCCAUUCAGACCCAUUCGACAGCAGUUUCUAUCCGCAAUGUCAUUCUCAACUCUUGUGCAUUCCUCUUUCUCCAAACCGUCCACUCGCACUGCCGUCGGUGCAGAGACCUGUUGCGCCGACCACUCAUUCAUGCCGCGAAAGUCGCCAUCAGUCCGAGUUGUGCUGUUCACGAGACUUCGCCAGUUCUUCCAUUCACAUACCAGUUGGCCCACUUUUGUGCAUCCGUCACCAAGCACCACACGACCGGGCAUGCGCAGACAGUCGAAUACUGUCGCCCUUCAUGUAUAUGUUUCGAUCUUGGCAUUUGGACCGGAAUUUUUUCUUCAACUAUCGUCAUCAGAGAAAAUAUUUCCUCGUCCACAAGAGGUUGCACAACCCGGCGCUCCAACCCUAUUCGGCCAUCAUGCCCUCCACCAUCCACCCUCUACCAUCCCACCCCCCGUCUCGCCACUGGCUUUACGCCAGCCUCCACCGCCGCUUCCGCCGUCUUCGUUACCGCCUCUUUUCUCCUCUUGUUCCCACUCAGCCCAGACUGA